AUGAAGUUAUUGCUGUCAAAGGCGGCAAACUACUUAGCAAUGCGUUUUGACACGGAAGGCUGUAUAAAGAAAAAUGAUGCAGAGCUCCUCCAGAGGUUGCUCGGAGGAGAGGGCAGUGGCUGCAGUUUGUUAUUUUUCAACAAGAUGACACAGGAUGAAGACUCCAUGUUUUCCAUUCUUCUUGUUUUGAAUAACUGGAUGGGCUGA